UAUAAAGGCAAGGCACCCGUGGCUGUGCUACAUUGUAAUCGCGAGGCUUCACUGAGAUGGAGCUCAAGUGCGCCUUAGUGUUGACCCUCGUGGGUGUAGUGGCAUCCAGUCCUUAUAAUAGCUAUGGCGUUAAGGGCGGCGCGGGGGCUAAAGCCGAUGCAGCAGCGCUAGCCGGUGCUUUUAGUGGCGCUGGAAACAUCCCCGCUGGUGCCGGAUUUUCGGGCAGUUUUUCGAAAUCCUCUGCCUCCAGCUUUGCCUCAUCGAGUGCUAGUUCCAGUUCAGGUUCAUUCAGCUACAGCGGUAGUGGUUCCAUUGGCCCAGGAGGUGCGGGUUGCACUUCCGGAGGGUGUCAAAAGAGCACAGACGGUCAACCUGGAAACGGUUUUCCAGCGUUCAGUGGUGCGAACGCGGGGGCUAUAGCAUCAGCAGGCGCAAUCGCUGGGGCGUAUUCACCUAAUGGUGCUCCUUGCACUAGUGGUGCGUGUUCUGGCCAGAAACCCUCAGGCUGUCAAGGAUCUAACUGCGGUGACGCUACCAAAUGUACUUCAGGAAAAUGUGACACGCCAUCAUCAAACGAUGGACCAGAAGAUGACGGAAAUGACAUUCAUGUAAAUGUUGCUGGCACGGCAGCUUCGAAAACUACUGAAAAUGCUCAAGGAUCUCAGUACGACAAAUCUUCCGAUAGCUAUCAACCUUUCGGUUGUUCCAAUGGAAACUGUGGAUCGCCGUCCUCUACAAAGCCAUCAUACCCGCAAACGAACCCUGGUGCAGGACCCGAUUAUUCCAAGCCUGAGAGUGGAGCACAGGGUAAUGCAGAGGUACCUGUACCUGCUAAAGAUCUGACGGCUCCGAAAGAAUACCCCAAUCCAGGAACUGGGCGAUUGCCUUUAAAUAGCAAUGCUUACCAAAACGCCCCUUCAGCGAAUGGUAAAGUUAGUCAGUGCUCUUCCGGAAAGUGCGAUAAUAAACAUCCGGAUAGUGUAUACAAUCCCGGGAAUGGUGAUUCUUAUUCAACUAAUUACUUAGGCCCCAAUUUCCCUACGCAAGCGACGGAUAGCAACAAAGGAAACUGUGCAUCCGGAAAUUGUGGCACGUAUCCCUCUUCUGGCUCUAGUCCGUCAGCCCCUGGCUAUACCCCGACAUCGGCUGGCCCCAAUCGAAACUGUGUUGGUGGAAAUUGUGGUAGCUUUCCGUCAAUCGCUCCUGCUCCUACAGGACCAUAUCCCGGACCCAAAGCCCCUGGCUAUUCACAAUCGCCUUCUACUAAUGGUGGUUGCACUAGCGGGAAUUGCGGUACCUACCCUUCCUCUGCACCUAGCCCUACCGGAUCUUAUUCACAAACGCCAUCGGGCCCUAAUAGCAACUGUGCCAACGGUAAUUGUCGCAAUUAUCCUACAUCUGCCUCAAGCUCUGCGGAUUCUUAUGCAGGUUCCAAAGCUCCCGGCUAUUCAUCUGCACCAUCAGCUCCUAGUGGGAACUGUGCUAAUGGAAAUUGUGGCAAUUAUCCUUCUUCAGCCCCCAGUGCUACAGGAUCUUACCCAGGCUCCACAGCCCCAGGCCUUUCGCCUACGCCGACAUCUCCUAACGCCAACUGUGCCAACGGGAACUGCGGCAGUUAUCCUUCACCUGCCCCAAGCGCUACGGGAUCUUAUGCCGGUUCCAAACCCACAAGUUAUUCACCUUCUGCCCCCAGUAGCAACUGCGCCAACGGAAACUGCGGCUCCUACCCUUCAUCUGCUCCAAGCGCUGCGGGUUCGUAUGCAGGUUCCAAACCUACAAGCUAUUCACCUACGCCAUCUACCCUCGGUAGCAACUGUGCCAAUGGAAACUGUGCCACCUAUCCUUCAUCGGCCACAAGUGUUGCGGCAUCUUAUGCAGGUUCCAAACCCACAAGCUAUUCACCUACGUCUUCUGCUCCCGGUAGCAGCUGUACCAAUGGAAACUGCGGCACCUAUCCUUCACUUGCCCCAAGCGCUGCGGGAUCUUAUGCAGGUUCCAAACCCACAAGCUAUUCACCCACGCCUUCUGCUCCCGGUAGCAGCUGUGCCAAUGGAAACUGCGGCACCUAUCCUUCACCUGCCCCAAGCGCUGCGGGAUCGUAUUCAGGUUCUAAUCCCACAAGCUAUUCACCCACGCCUUCUGCUCCCGGUAGCAGCUGUGCCAAUGGAAACUGCGGCACCUAUCCUUCACUUGCCCCAAGCGCUGCGGGAUCUUACUCAGGUUCUAAACCCACAAGCUAUUCACCUACGCCUUCAGCUCCCGGUAGCAAUUGUGCCAACGGAAACUGCGGCACCUAUCCUUCGUCUGCCCCUAGUGCUGCGGGAGCUUAUCCAGGUUCAAAAGCUCCUGGUUAUUCAUCUUUGCCGUCAGGUCCUAGCGGCACCUGUGUUAACGGCAAUUGUGGCAUUUUCCCCUCGUCAGCAUCCAGUCCCACAGGAGCUAGCACUUAUCCAGGAUCAAAAUUCCCAAGUUAUUCGCUAGGAACAUCAUCUACAAUCCCAUCCGCGAGUGCAACUGCUCCCACCAAUUGUGGCACUCCUAACUGUGUCGGUUCUUCCGCACAGCCUAGCCCAGGAGCGAUUGCUGCCAAACCAAGUAUUACAUAUACUCCUCCAUUUACUUUACCUUCUAACUCUGGCCAGUACGGUGCGGCGGCUGGUGCCAAUGCUGGAGCGGGACCUUUGGGAGUUCCUAAACCAGCUAGCGGAACAUAUCCAUCUUCCCAAGAAAAAUUACCUUCUUAUACCGGUGGCUUCGGCGCCCCACCCGGAAUUUUAAAACCUAACGAUUUUUCACUACCUUCUAAACCUACAUUCCCAACAGGUCAAAAUCCUACAAGUCAACCCGCGCACCCUAGCACAAGCGCAAUCCCGUCCACUACACAUGGAGUAGCUCCAACCUCUCCCACUUCCAAUGUUUACAAUAAACCUUCUUGCACAUCUGGGAAUUGCGGAGCUCAACCAAGUCAGUUAUCCCCUUCAUAUGGUGUUGGCAACUCGAACAAGGGUAUAGCCGGGGCUGCCGCCGGUGCAAGUGCGUCAGCCAGUGCCAAUGCUGUUGCAUACUCAGGAGGGUUUGGCGGUCCACCGGGGCUUCUGAAACCUUACGAUGAGGGGAAACUGGGAAGCAAGCCAGGCGCUUCUCAAAACGGCCUUGAGGCUGGUAGUUUCGGCAAUAACGGAAACAGCAAUAACCUGAAUGCAGGAACAGCAGGAACUGGAAAUCAUUCGCCUUAUAAUUCCCCGAAUGGAGGUGGAAGCGGAACGCAGGCUAGUGCUGGAGCACACGCAGCUGCCGGGGCUGCUGCAGGCGCAUUUGGCUCUGGAAGUAACCAAGGUGGUCAUAGUGGAUGUGGUGGUGGUUGUGGCGGAAGUGGAGGCAGUGGCGGCAGCCCGUAUGGAAACUUCGCGCUGAGUAACAGUGGUGCGAUUGCAUCCGCGAAGAGUCUCGCGGGAGCCACCAGCGGAGCGUACGGCCAAGCCGGCAGCUUUGCGAGCAGUUCCGCUAACGCGCAUGCUUCUGCCGGAUUCCCUACUAAAGGAGGUUACGGAAGAAGAUAACUUUAAUUACUUCACGACAAGACUCGACUCAAUACAUGGGCAAGCUGUUAAUAAGGACCCAA